AUGCCACGAAACAUCUUGGCCGUCCCACCGAAGCGCACUCCUUCCAUUUCCAGCGCACUUACCACUGCCAUUCGCAACUACAUCUCUGAAAACUACACCGACACCCAUCCGGACGCCUUUUCCAACGAUCUUCGCGAGUUUGUCCGCCUACGAGAUCAGAUAAACACACCAGAGGUACACGUAUCCGGCAUCCAGCCGCUGCUUCGCUACCAUGCUCAGCUCGUCUUUUUCUCCACAAAGUUCCCUGCAAACAUCAACCUCUCCUUCCCUUGGUCACUCUCUUUCCCGCCAUCCCUGCCAUCAUGGACGACUACAAUCUCGGGAGCAAUGGAGGCGACAAAGUCAGCCGAGGCAGGCACCGCUUCCGGAAUCUCGUAUGCCACCAGCGACAGUGUGGCGCAUCCUGAUCUCGCAUUCGAACGCGCCAACUUACUCUUCAGCCUCGCCGCGCUGUACUCGGCGCUUGGAUGCGCAGAAUCAAGGGCGGAGAACGAGAGCAUCAAACGCGCGACUGCCUGGUUCCAGAAUGCAGCCGGAGUGCUCCAGCACAUCAUCGACCAUCUUGUCGAGCCGACACGCCAUCUUUCCCCGCCAUCGGCCGAUCUGAAUCCACGCCUGCUCAGCUGCGUGCGAGACCUCAUGCUGGCACAGGCACAGGAGUGCUUCUGGCAGAAAGCGGUCAUGGAUCGUUUGAAGGAUGCCACCAUAGCGAAACUCGCCGCCAAAGUUGCAGACUACUACGCUUCCGCUCUACAAGCUGUCACCGAAGCACCUGCAUCAGACGACAGUACCAAACCGGAUCCAGCAGACACUGCCAAGUUGACGCUUCCUUCGGGAUGGGCGAACCACCUGACAGUGAAGCGCUGGCACUUCGCAGCAGCAGCACAAUACCGAAAGGCGUGCGACGAUCUGGCUGCCAAUCGCUACGGCGACGAGCUGGGCAGAUUGCAUGUCGCCGAGCAAAACGUCAAGAAGGCGCUCGAUUCAGCCAAGAGGGGCGUCAGCAAUGCCAUCACCAGCGAUCUGGAGAGUCUGCAAGCCAUCCUCAAGAACAACGUUGCACGCGCUACUCGCGACAACGACCUCAUCUACCUCGAGGCCGUGACACCCGCCGCGCAGCUUUCGCCCAUUCAACCCGCUGCCAUGGUCAAACCUGUCGUACCUGCCGAAGUGGCUCAACCGAUCGCACACUUGCGCGAUGCUGCCGCGGGCGGAUCUCGAUCAGCGUACGGCCGACCGCUGUUCGCCGAGCUGGUACCGUAUGGCGUCCACCUAGCCAUCAGCAUCUACGACGAUCGCAAAGACUCCCUCGUGCGUGACGCCAUCGCCAGCAAACGCGACGAACUCGACGCCAUUGCAACAUCCACACUCCAAAGCCUCAACCUACCCGGCUCCCUGCAGGCUCUCGAACAGCCCAUGGGGCUACCACCUUCGCUGCUACGAAAGCACGAAGAGGUGGUCGCCGAAGGAGGGCUCGAACGCCUCCAACGCAUCGCACACGACGUAGCUCGGAUCGCCGCUACCGAUCGAGAUACGCUAGCGGAGGCGUUGGCGUUAAUCGAGCACGAGGAGAGGGAGGACGAGUCGGUUCGAUCGUCGUUCGGCGAGCAAUCCGGCUGGGCGCGGCAGAGUAGCGCCGAGGUGAACGCCGAGUUGAAGGCGCAAGCUGCCGAGUACCAUGGUACGCUGAUGAAGGCUGCUGCGUCGGACGACAUCGUCAGGCGCAAGCUGGAGGAUUGGGAAGAUCUGAUUGGCGUGCUCGGUGGCAACGUUGUCGGCUUGGAGGCAUUCGUACCUUCCUCCAACCCGAAUCUGUCUACCGGCGCGGGAGCACGAGGCUCAGACGAACAAGUCACAGCGGUGCGAGCGCUUCGCGAACAACUCGAACACCUCGACGACCUGCUCGACUCGCGCUCCGCUUGCGUCACGGAAGCCAAAUCGCUCGCUGCAUCCGACGACAUCCGCCCGCUCGUCCUGCGCGAAGCCGCCUCGCUCUCCACCAACAUCUCCGGAACCUCCGAAGUCUCUGCCGCCGACUUCGAAGAGCUGUUCGACCAACAACUGCGGAAGUACUCUCGAUACACCUCCGACCUCUCCCACUCCUCCGCGCAGCAGGAAACGCUGCUCAAGAGGAUCGAAGAGUGCAACGCCGCGUUUGUGAAUGCACGCCGCAGCGAUGCGACGAUCCAGCGCAGGGAGAAGGCACUUCAGAACCUCGAUUCCGCCUACGUCAAGUACCGGGAGCUGUCGAGCAAUUUGGUGGAAGGGUUGGAGUUUUACAAUGGCCUGGCGAAGAUUCUGAGCGGAUACAGGGAUGGAGUCAAGGAGUGGGCGAGAGCCAGGCAGGUGGAUCUGCACUGGUUGGUGCACCAGAUGGGAAGGAUGAGCGUCGAGCAGCAGCAGCACGAGGCACCGCAAGCGCCGCUCGCUCAGCCGCAGCAGAUCCAGUCGUCGCCGGCCAGGCAGACGAGAUCCAAAACACGGACUUCGCAGCAGCAACACCAGCAACAAGAGCCGCCAGCAUCACCGCUGCAGCAACAGCCUCCCCCUCCUCAAUGGGGCGCUAUGCCGCCGGGUGCCAAGAUUCAGUUUCGCGACUGA